AUUGUGUUUUGUUUUGACAAGUGGCAGACGUAAAGGUGCCGAACAGUGUCAAAAUACCAUUAGUAAUGAUCGCCCGUGCCCCAUAUUAGUGCUGCGAAAUUAGUUCUACUUGUACAUUGGGUUUUUGAAGUGCCAAGCUGUAACUUAGUAGUUGUAGGAGUUUAUUAGUGUUUUGUUAUACAGGAAGGUACAAGAAUAUUUACAUAUAAGACGAAAAGUAAAUCAGUGUGAUGAUGAGAGGAACAACAAAAACACUGUGCCCUUGUAGAAAGUUGAGUGAAAUAUUACAAACAGUAGUAACGUACAGAAAAUAUGUUUAACUCCCGGCGUCGCAAGAGUUUUCCCAACCUUCUGGACAUGGAUGACUUGCGGCCUCUGAUGCUCGACCGCGAGGAGGGCGAGCCAGACCAACAUGCUGUGGAAUGUGCGCCGGAGGACUUGCCCACACCUCAGUCAGAGUCAGAACUACGCACUCAGCGGGAAGAUAGGAAGGCCUUCCGAAACAUUCUAGCGCUGGGCUUUUCAUUCAUGUUGGUUUUCACAUCCUUCAACACCAAUGGCUUCAUGACACAAGUUGUCAUCAGAAGCAUUCAAGCUGAGGAUCCAAGCUUCACCGGAUCAGGUUACAUCUCCCUGGCAGUGAUCUAUGCAGUGUUUGCCUCCUUCAACUGGCUGGCCCCAUCAUGCCUCAGCUUCCUUGGUCCAAAGUUAUCCAUGAUUGUUGGGGGUGUGACUUAUGUAAUUUUUAUUGCUGGCUUCCUGUGGCCUCACACAAUUAUUUUGUACCUGACCUCUGUAUUAAUUGGAAUUGGUGCUGCUCUGAUAUGGACUGGCCAGGGUAACUACCUCACCCUGAUGUCCACCCAGAAAACUAUAUCUCGUAAUUCAGGAAUCUUCUGGGCCAUGUUACAAACCAGCAUGUUGUUUGGCAAUAUCUUUGUAUAUUAUCAAUUCAUGGGGAAAGACAUAAUUGACCAACACACACGUAUGGUGGUCUUCAUUGUACUUACUGUGGUUGGAGUGAUUGGUGUUGGUGUCAUGUGCCUACUGCCCAAACCUGGCUCAGAAGGAGGAGGCCGAGCUGAUGACUUGGGAGGACCCUCUACUGCCCUCAAGAAGUCAUUUGCACUCUUCAGGACUAAAGACAUGAUACUCUUGUCAUUUGCAUUCUUCUACACUGGCAUUGCAUUGUCCUUCUUCAGUGGAGUCUACAGUGCUUGCUUGAGUUCCACACUGCGAUUCCCAGACCCCAAGCGUCUUGUUGGUCUCUCUGGGAUGCUUAUCGGUAUUGGGGAAAUUCUAGGAGGAGGAGUAUUUGGCAUUUUUGGAUCAAAAACUGUCAAAUUUGGCCGUGAUCCUAUCAUACUUCUGGGUUACGUUGUCCACAUGGUGUGCUUCUUCCUUAUCUUCAUGAAUCUCCCAACAAACUCUCCACUGAAGGGAACAAGUGACCCAUCCCAUUUGCCCAAUGGUGAACCAAGUGAAGUAAUUGCCUUAUUGUGCAGUUUCCUGCUGGGUUUUGGAGACGCCUGCUACAACACACAGAUUUACUCUAUCCUUGGAUCAGUUUAUGAAGACAAUUCUGGACCAGCAUUUGCACUGUUCAAAUUUGUUCAGUCCUUGUCAGCAGCUGCAUGCUUCUUCUACUCUAGUGUCUUCAAAUUAUACUGGCAUCUCAUUAUCUUGAUAGUGUUUGCCACCAUUGGCACCUUCACAUUCUGGAUGGUGGAGUGGAAAGCACAUCGACGUCUUAAAGCAAAACCAGACACAAAUGCAUUUGAUUGACAGAAUCAUUCUGGCACUCCAUCAUAAUGUGAAUAAUGAAUAGUAUUACUAAAAUUACCUAUCUCCUUAGGAAAUAACCCAUAUUUUAUGUUUUUUUGUGAAUAAAUUAUCUUACUAAAAACUUGUUUCUACUUAAUUUUUAGGCAGUCUUCUAAAAUAGCAAAAAUUUUUUUCUAGUGUAAGUCAGUGAACUUUUUUUUUUUAUUUAUUUAUAGAAUCCGGGUUAUAUCUGUAAAGGAGGGUUUGGUGUUUUACAUGCUGUGAUGAAUGCAUAUUACCCUUUAUUUUCCUAUUUUUUUAGCCAUAACCCUGACCUUGUUUGCCGUGAUAUAUGAGGUUGCUGGGCAUAAUGAUGUGAGUACAUGACACUUAGCAUAAUAUGAUACGUGUGUAAUUAAUCACAGUUAUGCAUUGAUGUACAGUGUAUUGGAUUUUAGAUAUUAAUAAUGUAAAUUUGUUUUUAUAUUUUAUUAAAACCAUUAAACAAUGAAGUAGUUAA